CACAGGAACACACCCUCGGGCGCCGCUGGAAAAUCUGUGGGAAUUUGGAGAGAGACAGAGAGAGAGAGAGAGAGAGAGAGAGAGAAUAGAAAAAUACACUUAACCCACCCCAUAAAAAGGAUGGUGCUACAUGCUGAAAACGGAAGAAGACCAAAGGAAGAGGAGACAAAUUUGAGUGAUCAUGCUUGGUGACGAAAGAGAGGUGGUUCGCAAUUAAUUUGUUAUUGUUUUAGUGUGUUUUUAUAAGAGCAGGCAAACGGUAGAGCACAAAUAGCAUCAGAUUGAAAUAGAGAAGUAGAAAGAGAUAGAGAGAGAGAGAGAGAGAUGAUACUGGUGGCGAUAAUGACGGAGCUGUUGGAGAUGUACACAAUAGUGGUGGCGAGGGUGACGGAGCAUAUGUUCCAACAAGUCCCUCUGCCAUUCCCAAGGCGAGUUCGUUUCCUCAUUCUCCGCAAUCUCCCCUUCUCUAAUUCCCCCCUUUCCCCUCCCUCUCCUCGUUAAUCUUUGUUUCUUUCUCUAUCUGUUCUUGUCCAGAUUUUUGUAUUACAGGAGAGAUGAUGAGCUUAAUUUAUUUUCAAUUCGCUGGUUGUAAUAUUUUUCCCUGUUUAUAUGUAUAAACAGACUCGAGUUCAUUUGUUUUCCCUGCC